AUGGACGUCAUGUUGCUGGAUGUAAGAAUGGCCACCCACAUAAAAGAAACAAACAAGAACAUGGCAAAAAAUCUUCUGCAUCGGAUUUCAGAGACCUCUGAGGACCUGAAGAUGAUGGAAGUGACCGACCACUUUGAACUCUUGCAUGAACUUGGAACAGGAUCUUAUGGAAAGGUUUUCAAGGGGAAACACAAAACCUCAGGUCAGAUUGUGGCUAUAAAAAUGUUGGCAAAGGAGAAGACCCCCACCGAUAACUUCCUCCUGGAAUACUGCAUCUCGCUCACGCUCAGUUGUCACCCGCACAUCAUCCUGACACACGAGAUUGCGUUCCAUACCAGUAGGGAUUUCGUGUUUGUUCAGGAAAUGGCACCGGCAGGGAAUCUUCAGUCUAUCAUUAAACAUAAGGUCGGCCUGCAGGAGGACAUGUUGAAGCGUUGUGUUCCUCAGAUAGCCAGUGCUUUGAACUUUAUGCACAACAGCGGAGUGGUCCAUCGGGAUGUCAAGCUGGAUAAUAUUCUUCUGAUGGAUGCAGAAUGUCACUGGAUAAAGCUGGCGGACUUUGGACUCACUCGGAUCCAGGGCACUCUUGUCCCUUCUCUGUCCUGGUGUAUACCCUAUACGGCCCCUGAAUUCUGCUGCUUAAGACAAGGAGAAGAGCUGGUACUGCAACCCAGUGUCGAUGUGUGGGCUUUUGGAGUUCUCAUCUACAUUGCUCUUACUGGAUUCUUCCCUUGGCAAGUGGCACUAGGCCGUGAUCAACAGUAUAAGGAGUUUGCUUGGUGGCAGGUGAAAAAGGAUCUGUCAGAAGCUCCAGGGAAGUGGAAGAAAAUCUCAACUGAAGCCAGAGGGAUGUUUUGGAAAUUGCUGACACUAAAUGCCUCUGAGAGGUGCUCGGCCAUGGACAUUCUGAAUUAUAUUCACCUGCCAUGGAAAGCGGAGGUCCCUUCAGAGCAGAUCAAAAUGAAUCCAAGCUUCCUACAAGUAAUAUGCAGACCAUAUGAUGUCCGUGCUGGAGACACAUCAAGCAGCACAUCCUGCAUUCUACUGGAUCAUGAGCUGCCCUCCCUUACUGUAGGAGCUGAGGUAGAGAUCACCUAA